AUGGACAUCUCCACGUUUCUUUUGCUAAUGUCUCUCAUAUCUCUUCACACUUUUCAUGUGAACGGGGAAGGUUUUCUGCUGAUGCCUGUUGAACUUUCUCCAAUUCCAUGUACAGACAAAGCUGUGGAAAAGCUGUCUCGCCUAGCAGUUACUUACAUCAACGAGGAUCGCAACGAGGGCUACAAGUUUGCCCUCAACCGGAUCACCAAUGUCUACUUGCAUGCACAGGGACCGGCAGGAAGUGUGUACUAUCUGGACCUGGAUGUCCUGGAGACCAAAUGUCACAUAGGCAGCCCGAAGCCGUGGAAGCGUUGUGAAGUCCGACCCUUCAUGGAAACACAAGUCUCAGGUAGCUGCAACACCACCAUCCUGCAGACACCGGAGGGCUUCACUUAUCUCUACAGCUAUGAGUGCGCUCUCAUGCCAGAUCCACCAGAGAAGCUACAGCAGACGUGUCCAACCUGCCCCGUCCUGCUCUCUGUAGACAGCCCAGACGCCAUGAAUGCUGCUGGGAUCACUCUGGAGGCCUAUAGGAGGCAAUCCACCCUGGGUGUCGGGCUCGGAGUGAAAAAGGUCACACGAGCUGCAGUUCAGAAUGUGCCAACAAAAGCCAUCUUUGUGGAGUACACAGUCCAGGAGUGUACAGAGGGAUUUACAGAGAGAGGGACCUGCCAGCGACUGACUCUCAAAUCAGACACACAGACUGCAGGGUUCUGUACAGGAUCUGUAUAUGGAGAUUUGAACAACUACCCUGAUGUCAAGGUGUCCUGUGAAAUGUUUAAAAUACAGAAUGUUGACAUGGUCCAACCAGUGAAACCGCAGGUUCUUGACCUCCCUACAGACCCUGUGAUCCCAACCUUUCCACCUCUGCCUGAUGACCCAGUAAAUGACCUGCAGCCCAUUCCCUCUCACCCUUCGACUUCCUCCGCUACUCAGCAAGCUCCAUUUGACCCUACAGCUAUACCCUCCCUCCCUUCAGAGGCCCCAAUUCUGGUUAACCCCUCUGCCCCUGUCCUCUCUUCUUCCAGUGAGUCUGAAGAGAGCAUAGUAAACCGACAACAGCACACUGCAGGAACUCUGGAUUCGUCCUCUGAGGAAAGUGGAGCCUUACUGGCCCGGCGUCCACCAUUCAAUUUCCGCUACCAGAGACGUAACCGUAGGAAGCGGCAGAGCUUGACAGAGACCACUCCCUCACACAACCCUGUAUUCCUGUCUGAUUUCCCCAGUGGACCAUCUCCUUUUCGAUCCUGUCCUGGUCCCGCUCGCUAUGCCACAGUGUAACCAUUCUUUCCCUGCUCAGAAAUCCAUUUGCUCAUGUAUGAUUUACCCACUGAGAGCUUGAAACGA